AUGGAUCAAUCUUUUCAAUCAUUAACUUACCGUCUAGCGAUUAACUCAGAUUAUGAGUCGAUCUCACAAUUGGUCAAUGAAGCUUAUCGCGGUGAGUCGUCGCGCCAGGGUUGGACUAACGAAGACGAAUUUUUUGAAGGUCAGAGAAUCAACCCUGACAUAUUGACACAAAUGAUGGCCACUGAUGGUUCAGUCGUUUUGAUAUUUUUCGAACAAGACUCAAAGAUUUUAAUCGGCUGUGUCUCAUUGCAAGAUUUCACAAUAGCUGAGAAUAUUCGUAUUGGUUGUUGCAUUCCUUUGCAACAUGAUAACAAAGUCAAAAGCGCUUACCUUGCAAUGUUAACUGUACGUCCAGAUCUACAAAGACGUGGCUACGGAAAGUUCAUCAUAUCAGUAGCUGAGAAAUUCGUUCGUCAGCAAUGGAACAUUCAAUUAAUUGAAUUGAGUGUUCUUUCCAAGCGGCAGGAAUUAAUCGCAUACUACAUUCGUCGCGGAUAUACCGAUACUGGUCGACGCCAACAAUUUUCCAGUCAUGACAAUCGAUUUGGUAUUCCAAAGACAGAUUGUUUGGAAUAUUGCAUUUUGACGAAGUUUAUCUAA